AUGUCAUGCGACGCUGCAGUUUGUCUAAGAUACUUUGUAUCAUUAAAUGCAAAUGGACAACUAGGUACUAACCUCUUUGAAGGUAGUGAUGAAUUGGUUUAUGACCAAGAUAAUUGUACAGCAGAUUUAACAUUAUUAAAACAAUUUUCAAAUAUAAAAUGUAUAUCAAUGGGAACAUUACAUAGUGGACUUGUAACGGUCGAUGGAGGGUUAUGGACAUUUGGUAAUGGGUCAUUUGGAAAGCUUGGCUUGGGAAAUACCGACAAUUACAAGAUACCUAUGCAAGUCAGACCAGGUGUACAAUUCAGUAUGGUGUCUUGUGGCAACGAACAUACUUUGGCACUUGAUGGCACUGGUCGUGUGUUUUCAUGGGGCAAUGGAUCAAAGGGUCGACUGGGAUUGGGCAAUGAAAGCACGAUGGUCACUCCAUGUAUAUUGCCAUUUAGCGGAGUGGUACUAAAUGUGUAUGCAGGUGGUGCAAGCAGUGCCGCUGUCACUGCGAGCAAUGUCUAUACAUGGGGAUACAACAAAUACGGUCAGUUGGGAUUAGGUAACACCAAAGACGGGAACCGUCCCAACAUUAUAUCGCAAUUUGGUGGUGAGCGUAUUGGAUCGACUCGUAUCGCUUGCUUUUCAAUUGGUGAUAGACAUAUGGGCGCCGUUGACGACGAGGGGUACAUGUAUACAUGGGGAUGCAACGAAGACUACCAACUUGGUGAUGGUGGCUCGUUUGACAAAUCCGUACCAUACAAACACGUCAAGAUUCGUCAACGUAUGAAGUCGAUCGAGUGUGGUGGCAAGUUUACACUAUCCCUGUCCAAUGAAGACGACGAUCAUUCACUCUACAUUUGGGGUGACUUUGGUGAAUACACCAGUCCCAUUCCCAAAAAGGUGGAUACUGGCUAUGAAAGUGUUUCGGCCAGUUGUGAUUGCUCGCUCUCUUUUAUUGGUAUCAAGAUGAACGGUGAGACUGUGUCUUGUGGGUGGAGUCGGUACGGACAAGUCGGACAUCUCGCCGAGGUUGUCCCACUUGGUCGUAUGACACAGGUCGUCGGCAAGCCAACCGCCGUUUCCUGCGGUGCCUACCACUCUGCACUCCUCUACAAGUCCACCACCGACGUCUCUUGCCAAUUGGUGCGGUCUGGUAACCCCAACGUCGCCCAUCCAAUCAUCAACGCCAAUAUUGCUCAAAUCAACCAAUUCACCAAUUACGACGGUGACACCUUUUUACAUUUGGUCGGAAAGAUGAGAGUUGCCGACUCUAUUACCAUUCCAAGCCAAAUCCUUCAACAUCAAAUCAAUAUUCCAAAUCGUGAUGGUUAUCCACCAUUCUUUUACGAUGGUAAUUUAUUAGCACGUCCUGCCACUCCAAACAUUAAAUUUAUUGAUUCUAAAAAUGGUCAAAAUGUUUUUCAUUAUUAUUGUGAUAAUAAAAUGUUUGAAGAUAUACCAAAAAUUUUGAAUUUAGGAAUUGAUGAAAGAAUCAUUGAUAAAAAUGGAAAGAGAGCAUUGGAUUAUCUAAGUGUAGAGGAUGCAUUUAAAUUAAAAAAGCAAUACAACAAGUAUGAUAUUGCAUUUGUAUUUGACAGUGCGUUUGUGCAUUUGGCUAGAAAACUGCGAGACUCUCUUGAAGAGAAUCACAUUACCGUGGCGUUUAUGGAAAAUGGUGCUGGUAAUCCACCAGUCAUUGGUUAUGUAUUUUUCGUGUCUGCUCAAACCAUCAAACACCAAGCCACCACUGCACUGGUCAAAGGUCCACUCUCCAAGGCACUCAUGAUUUGUAUUUGGGCCGAAAAGGUGUCCAUCACCGAUCCCACACUCGAAAGUUGUAUCUAUCGUUCACAAUUGGUCGAUUUCUCAACGAGCAAUAUCUACCAACUCUCACUUUCGACUUUGCUCGAGGGUAUGCAAACCAUCCUCGAUGCUAGCAUCUUUUCGGGUAGUGGUGCUGGUGGUGAAGGUGAUGAAGACUUAAAGUCUGACCAACCAAGUAUCGGUGCUUUGCAGGGCAAAGAAGCAUCCAUCUUUUUGUCAUUUAAUCCAUCAAAGAUUGCAGAGUACAAGGAUCUAAUCGUAACAAACCAAUCCUCGCCAUCUACUAUGACAAAGAUACUCGUCUCGACGAAGCAUCACGAUACACCUUUGCCAACAGUCCCAUCAUUCAUUAUGACAACCAAGGUUUCAAUCAACUCUUAUCAUCCAUUGACCUAA